AUGCUCACCGUACAAUUGGGUAAUAAAAACAUGCGAAUCCAUGAAGGCGACAUCGUACUUACAAAUUUGACUUUAAGGCAACAAGAAGAACUGUGGAAUCACACAUCUAGUCUGAAUGCAAAUUUUUUGGGACGACAGAAACGACAAGCAUAUCAGGGUCGAGACUACCCCAAGUUUUUCUGGAAAAAUGGCGUUGUACCUUAUACUUUGUCAUCCAAUCUCUCAAUGCAUGCCAGAAGCAUCAUUCUGAAAUCAAUGAAAUUCUGGGAAAGUCAAACUUGCAUUACAUUUGUACCGGCAACUCGCGAGAAAAGCUCACUUAUUUUUAUUCGAGGAUCAGGUUGUUUUAGCUAUAUUGGUAGAAUUUGGGAAUGGAAAGAACAACCACUAUCGGUUGGAUGGAGAUGUGAACAUAUCCACACAAUUACACAUGAAAUUGGCCAUGCUCUGGGCUUUCUGCAUACUCAUACUCGAGUUGAUCGUGACCAGUACAUCUCGGUCAAUUUCAGAAAUAUAAGAAAUACUUUGCAGACCGGACUGACCUCAAAUUUCAAGCGUGCUGCUCAGUAUGCAAAUUAUAACUAUAAUCUUCCAUACGACUACGGCAGUGUAAUGCAUUAUAGCAAAAAAGCUUUCACUUCUAACAAUGGUUCAACAAUAAUCCCCCGCAUUUCGUGGUACGAAGAUACGAUGGGUAGUGGCACAGGACCUACUUUUAUUGAUAUUCUUAUGAUGAACAAACAUUACAAAUGCACAAAUCUUUGUCGGUAUAGUAUUCAGUGUAAAAAUGGCGGGUAUCAACAUCCAAAACACUGUAAUCGCUGUUUGUGUCCAUCCGGAUAUGGUGGCAGUUAUUGUGAUCAACGGGCAAGCUUCUUUAAUUUAUCACAUACAUCUGCAGAUUCAUCGGGUUGUGGAGGUAAUUUGAGGGCAACUCAUCAGUGGAAGGUUUUGAGUACAGAAAUGGGUAACGGGAGGUACAAGGACGAAAUGUCUUAUUGUUACUGGUGGAUUGAGGCUAAAGCACACGAAAUAAUUGAAGUAAGAAUAAAGUCGCUGUCAGGAUGUUGUUCGGAAGGGUGUAUUUUUGCUGGUUUGGAAGUGAAAGCUAAUCUAGACAAAAGAUUAACAGGUUACAGAUUCUGCUGUGAGGCAUCUGUCGGCAGAACGGUAGAAGCUCAAGGUCCCAUUCUACCUUUAAUAAUGUUUAAUAGGAAAGAUUAUUCACUAAUGGAAAUUCAGUAUCGAAUAAAAAAAAACUAG